AUGUCUCAGUCAACACAAUCAAGUGGCGGCAACAAGCUAGUCUCUUCUGAUCAAUGUGCCAGCCUACUCCAGAAGCUAAGGUCGGACUGCCCUCUCGUUCAGUGCAUCACAAACUACGUGUCCAUGGAUAUCAUGGCAAAUACUCUCCUCGCGAUAGGAGCAUCUCCUGCCAUGGUACAUGGUGAGUUAUACACUAUGGUUAAGCAUCAAACAGAUUAUUACAAAAUAUUUAUGUACAGUAUACAGCCCUGAAAAAUAAUGUCACUAUAUAUAAAAUAUCAAUGAAUAUAUUAUGAUCCGCGGUUUGCAAAUAUUAAAAUUGUAGCCAGGAUUUAAAUGGUAUUAGUUGCGUGUCUUGACGUCAAAUUUUGUUGGUUUGUUACUAACCGGGUAAAAGCACCAAACUCUUCUAUCUCAGAUCUUCGACUUCCUUCGCUGUAGUGAGCCAGCAGUGCUUCCAUUUUCGAAAAUAAAAAAAUCCUUUUGGUUCCUUUUGGUCCUAAAUUUUUGUUGAAAUUUCCAAAUAUUUUUAAAUUAAUAGCAUGAUGGUGUAUGCAACUGGCCCUGAGUUAGGGAACGCAUCUCUUACAGCAAAGUCUGUUCAAGGAAGUUGUAAAUCCCUAAUUAGACACCGCUGUUCGUGGUAUUUCCUAGCCGAAUUAAUUUAAGUUACUACUAUCAUGUUUCGCUUGCUACUCUGGUUUAAAUAAAUGAUUACAAAGCCCAGUCGAAUUGUAAUCAAGACCCAACGUUUCAACACUCCAGUCUGGUGUCUUCAUCAGGGGUGAUCUAAAGUUACAAUCGUGGCUUCUUAAAUACCCAAGGGAUAACGUCACCUGCCAAUGAGAUGCAUAUAUUCCUCUGGCAAAUAGGCACCGUCAUCCCUAUUCAAAGCAUGAUUACUCAUAUUUAUAUGGGCUGGUGGUCUGCCAGUCAUAUGGAUUAUUACUACUAGUAAUAAUCACAGAUUAGGAAGUGCAUUCGAACAUAAUGCAUAUCUUCUUAAUUUCAUAUUAUGACUGGCAGACCACUGGCCCAUAUAAAUGCUUGCGUAUGGUUGUUUUUGUGACCAUCCAGACUGAAAAGUUUGGAAAUUGCACAACCGAUAUUUCGAAAAUUUAAUAGUAAAUAUAUAGAAAGCAUCAAAAUUGCAUGCCCGAUUUCUCGAUACAAACUUUCCAAAUUGGGUGACCAUUUACUACAUACACGGUAAACAUGCUAUUAAAAAUACCGUAAACCUCCGACUAUAAGCCCCCCGAAUAUAAGCCCCCAAUAUAACUAAUAUAAACCCCGAAUAUAAGCUCCACCACAUAUACUAACGCCACUCAUUCCAAAUAUAAGCUCAAUAUCCCCCCGAAUAUAAGCCCCCCAAAUAUAAGUCCCCUGACAGGGUUUUACAACAUUGCCAUUGUCUUUUAAUAUAGCAGAGAAAGAUAUUUAAAAACAUUGUCAUUGUCUUUAUAGCCGACUAUGUUAAUCAAAGUCCGUUAUUGAAACAUGUUUAUUUUCCUGUUUAUGACUCACUUGUUUAUGUCUGACUUGCUUAUUACUAACACAAAAGAUCGUCCAUGUGUUAGCCUCCCGUAUAUAAGCCUCCCUUGUAUAAGCCCAUCAAGUAUCUGUUUACGAAAGUAUAUAAGCCCAGGGCUUAUAGUCGGAGGUUUACGGUAGUAAAAUACUUUUCUUAGUUUCGUUAUGGUAAUAUAACUGAACUAAGUUGCACAGUGGUGUAACACUUGACCGGGGCAAGUUGAAACUAUGAAGGGCAAGUGGGAAUUUGUCAAUUUGGCACCCCCUUUCCUCCUUGUAAUGAUGGGGAUCUGGAGCAUGCCCUUCGAAAAUUUUGAAAUCAAUAGUCCCAGCCCUGAAAAGCUUUUUCUUGCAUUUUGACAAAAUAUUUAGAUCAAUAAACUACAAAUGCAUUGAGGAGUAAAGAUAUUGGAUAUUUUGAUUUAUACCAAAUUGUUUGUUGGUGAAUGACUGAACGAGACUGUGUGCUUGAGAUAUUAUUAAAAUUAAAUGAAUUAAAUUAUGUUUAGAUAGUUUAUUAGUUCUAUGAAUAAGGACAAAGUUUGAUUUGUAAAAAUAUCUACAAAAGCGCUUUUGAUAGUUCGAUUGAUGUCUUUGCAAACACGUCAAUAAUGAUCAAUCCUUCGGUACAACUGCUGGAAAAAUUUUUCUUGAAAAAUGAAUACUAAUAUGGAGAGCUUUCAUUUUUAGCUGAAGAAGAAGUGGAAGAAUUUGUUAGUUUGGCCUCACCAUUGCUGAUCAAUAUUGGAACUCUCUCUACCCCAUGGAUCACAUCCAUGCACAAGGCCGCAGCCAAAGCUCAGGAACUGGGGAAGCCCUGGGUGUUGGACCCAGUGGGUGCGGGUGCCACUAGCCUGCGGACAAAAACUGCAACAGAUUUGGUUCUUUCUUAUAAACCCACAGUGAUUAGGGGCAAUCCUUCUGAGAUUAUGGCUCUGGCCGAAAGCAUUUGCAAAGAACUUGAUGUUCAAGCAUCGGGUACGGGAAUAGCUUAUACAUCAUUAUCUGUUUGUUGUUGCACUUACAUGUAGAAACUUCGAGGUUUACUCUAACAGAUGAAGCUGGGGAAAUGAUUGGGUGGUGUACCAUGAUCGAGGAGAAUUAAGGACUUGGAGAUAUACAAUAGACAAUUUGCAUGUUAGACUAAUUUUUGAUCUGAGCAAAAAAAGUAAAUUCCCGGAAAGAACUUAUUAAAAUUAGUAAAAUUGCAAAAUUUGGUUACGAAAUGUUGUAAAAUACGGAAAAUAUAGCCUUGCGAAUUUUGCAUAUUUUGUAUAUGUUUGUAUUACGUACGGAAAUUGUUACCAUUUUUGAGCCGAAAAUGGUAACAAUUUCCGCACAUAAUACAAACAUAUACAAAAUUUGCAAACUUUGCAAGACUAUAUUUUCGGAGCUUUACAACAUUUCGCAACCAAAUUUGGCAAUUUUACUAAUUUCAUUAUGUUCUUUUUAGCUGUGGUGUUUGUUUCCCUUCUCUUUACUAAGAUUAAAAUUUAGUCUAUUAAACAUGCAAGUUGUCUAUUGUGAUAAUCACAUUCUUUGUCUUAGAUGGAGCUCAAAAAGGAGUUGACAGUUCUCACAGUUCUGACCACGCCCUUGCACCGGCCAAAGCCCUUGCCAUCAAGUGUCACUGUGUUGUCGUGGUGACCGGAAAAGAUGACUUUGUGACAGAUGGCUGCAGUGUGAUCACUGUAUCGAAUGGUCAUCGAGUCCUAACAAAGAUAACUGCUGCUGGAUGUGCAUUGACAGCUGUGCUGGCGGCAUUUGUUUGCUUAGGUGAUCCAACAGAUGUCACGCACGUGAUGAAAAGUUGUGCUUGUGCAUUGAGUGUCUUUGGAAUUGCAGCAGAACUGGCUGUUAAAGAUCCAGCAGUUAAAGGCCCUGGCAGUGCCAGGUUGCACAUGUUAGACGCAUAUAGUAGCAUCAGUAUAGAAACCUUGUCGCAAUUGGCCAAAUUUUCAUAAUUUUUAUAAAUGCCCUUAAAAACUCAUUAAUAAUUCAUGAGGAAAAAGAAAGAAAGAUUUGUUCUGAUUUACAUAAACUUCAGCUUUGAUUUUCUUGGUUUAGACAAUGUUUAUUUUUAGAAUUACUUAUAUAAAGAUGGGUCGUUUUUUAAGCACGUUAAAACAUUCGCAUCCGAGUUUUAUCUGAUAUACAAACUUUCGACGGCUCGAGUUUGUAUAUCAGAUAAAGAUUGGCUGCUCAUGUUUUAACUAGUACAUAAAGAUCAGUUGCGAAUGUUUUAGUGUUGAUAAACUUUCAUAUAAAACAUCCCUGCUUCUGAAGUAGUAUUCAUAACUUUCAUAAACAUCCCUCUAACAUGACUUACUGAUUUUUAAUGCAAAUCUGACCUAAAUACAACAGGGUGCGAUAAUUCAAUAUUUUUAGCCGUACCUGACUGGUACUCCAACAAUUUUUGCCGAGUACUUGAGCUGGUACGAACUUAAAAGUCAAGGUGUACCUAAGGCUACUUCCGAGUCUUGCGUUUUACACAUACGUAUAUAAUGCACGGUCUUUGACGGAAAAAAUUAAACCUUUCUGAAUUUUAUAUAUUUAAUAAACACCUAUAACAAAGUUAUAACAACCUUGUUUAAUCCCAAAAUAUGUCGGAUGUGUGGAAUUUACAUUGUACAGCUAAAGUAAUUGACGGUUUUGAAUACCUUGGAAGGUUUGCUAGUUAUUGCUAGAAGGAAAAUGUAAGUACGCGAAUAGCAAAUUCUCGUGUACCUACGUGGUACUCGGCUAAAAACAAAGAAGUACCAGACCGUAAUUUUGGCUUACCUCUGGUACGUUGGUACGCGAAUUAUCGCACCCUGAAUACAAGUGUGCACAUGUGACCUAAAUAGUAAAUACUGCGCUGUGAUUUGUUUGUGGCCUGAUUAAUUAUUCGUGCCUUUCACAGGUAUACAAAAAAAACACAGUGGAAAAAUAUUGUUAAAGUGAUAAUGAUAUGCAAGGCGGAAAUAAGGUGGAAAAAGCCAUCAAAUGCAAAUGUGGGCGCAGCCAUAGGGGCGGGGGGCAUAAACAGGAAUUUAAAAAAAGAAGAGCACGCUAGAAUACUUCAUCCUUGCUCAGUUUCAUGGUUUGGCAUAUAUGCCUGAGUACGGCCCACCCGGGUCCCACCCCAGAUUUGCGUGAGCGGUGCUUGCUCGGGCUAGCUCCCAUCCAAGCUGUCACGUCCAACUGCUGUUCCAGCUUGUCUGAGAUUACGCUGACCAAUUAUUUACUCCCAUGCCUUCAUAUUCCACCUGAGCAAGAAGUGAAGUAUUGUGUAAUAGAAUACUCAAUCUCGUACCCAUCUGGGCUCUCCAAAGUUUAGUAUUCUACAAUCAGAAUGGGCAAUUCCAGCUACAGACUAAAUUUUGAUCUAGGCCAGAAGAACAAAAUCCAUCACCACAGGCACAGCUAGAAAGAGUCAAAGAGCAUGUUAAAAUUAGUAAAAUUGCAAAGUUCGGUUGCGAAAUGUUGUAAAAUGCGGAACUGAAAUAUAGGCCUACGAAAUUUGCAAAUUUUGUAUUAAUUUGUAUUUAAUACCCCGGCGACCGGCGUACUUAAUCGAUGAAAUUGAUAAUCGAUGAGUAUCGAUAUCAAUCAAUACCAAUCGAUAUUUAUUAAUCGAUUGAUAUUGGUAAUGGCUUGUUUUGCUGUGACCUUUUAUCGAUUGAUAUUGAUCGAUUUUUACCGAUUUUCAUUGAUGAAAAAAUCCUCUGUUAAUAUGCAUGCAAUCAAACAGGUAAAAUUAAAUUUUAAUUUAAUUUUACCUCAAUCGAUGACCAAUCGAUAGUCACAAAAAGUUAUGGCCAAUUUUAUCGAUUAUUAUCGAUAUUCAUCGAUUUUCGUCGAUAUUUAUCGAUUGUUAUCGGCAAGUUUAUUGCUUGCAAAAGUAAAUCCAUUUUUCGAAGUUACAAAACAUUAAAAUGUUUUUAUCUUUAUAGAUCAAAUUUAUCGUUUAGAUCAAAUACAUGUGUAACUUCGAAAAAUGGAUUUACUUUUGCAAGCAAUAAACUUGCCGAUAACAAUCAAUAAAUAUCGACGAAAAUCGAUGAAUAUCGACAGGGACGCCGGAACAGGGGGGCGGCUGCCCCUCGUGCCUUUUGCUAGGGGGGGGGGCAGGGGGGGCAGAAGUGCCCUUUUAGUUGUAAAAUACUACGUGAUAAAUGACAUUUCCAGAUUCGGGUAAUUUAUAGGCCCAGAGAAAGUGAAUUUACAAAAAUAAGUGUGAAUUGGGAAAAGAAUGAGGUUAAUUUACAAAAAUUUUAGAAACUUUUGGAUUUUAGAAAAAUAGUUUGGAUAAAUGGGGAAAAUUGCUGACAUGCGGAAAAAUUUUUUUACGUCACGGAAAAUUUUGGUAUGUUCGGAAAAAAAUUUUGACCCCUAAAAUGGUACACUGACCGAAAUUUUUUUGGCGAUGGGGAGGGGGUCGUCCAAAAACUUUCCAUGUAAAAAAAAAUUUCAGGUAGAUUUUGAACUUUUGAUCUAUAGAG